UGCGCGUUUCCGCUGACUGUCACUCCACUCCAGGCAAGAUGGCGGUGAGACUGAUGAAGGGAUCGGACAUUGGCGCCCUUAACAAGGGGAACCCAGGAAACCCGGCAGCGCCAAUGGCACGGGAACAUGUACAAGCGGUCAGCAGGAACUACCUGUCCCAGCCAAGGCUAACUUAUCGGACAGUGUCUGGAGUGAACGGACCCCUUGUUAUCUUGGACCAUGUGAAGUUUCCUAGGUAUUCAGAGAUUGUGCACCUUACACUGCCAGAUGGUACAAAGAGAAGUGGGCAGGUACUGGAAGUCAGUGGAUCCAAAGCUGUGGUACAGGUAUUUGAGGGCACAUCUGGUAUUGAUGCAAAAAAAACCUCAUGUGAGUUCUCUGGUGACAUUCUGAGGACCCCAGUCUCUGAAGACAUGCUUGGACGUGUGUUUAAUGGUUCAGGGAAACCCAUUGAUCGCGGGCCUACUGUCUUGGCAGAGGAUUAUCUAGAUAUCAUGGGGCAGCCCAUUAACCCCCAGUGCCGAAUCUACCCUGAAGAGAUGAUUCAAACUGGGAUCUCUGCUAUAGAUGGUAUGAAUAGUAUUGCCCGUGGCCAGAAGAUCCCUAUAUUCUCAGCUGCUGGUCUUCCACAUAAUGAGAUUGCAGCUCAGAUUUGCCGUCAGGCAGGAUUGGUGAAAAAGUCCAAGGACGUCAUGGAUUACUCAGAAGAGAACUUUGCUAUAGUCUUUGCAGCUAUGGGGGUAAACAUGGAAACUGCUCGUUUCUUCAAAUCUGAUUUUGAGGAGAAUGGGUCUAUGGACAACGUAUGCCUAUUUUUGAACUUGGCCAAUGACCCCACCAUUGAACGCAUCAUCACACCACGUCUUGCUCUUACAACUGCUGAAUACCUGGCCUAUCAGUGUGAGAAGCAUGUGUUGGUAAUCUUGACUGACAUGAGCUCUUAUGCAGAGGCUCUAAGAGAGGUAUCAGCUGCUCGUGAGGAGGUCCCUGGUCGAAGAGGAUUCCCUGGUUACAUGUACACAGAUUUAGCCACAAUCUAUGAGAGAGCUGGACGUGUAGAGGGACGGAAUGGUUCAAUCACACAGAUUCCUAUUCUCACGAUGCCUAAUGAUGAUAUCACUCAUCCAAUCCCUGACUUGACUGGGUACAUCACAGAAGGGCAGAUCUAUGUGGAUAGACAACUGCACAACCGUCAGAUUUAUCCUCCUAUCAAUGUUCUGCCCUCACUUUCUCGUCUGAUGAAAUCUGCUAUUGGUGAAGGGAUGACGAGAAAGGAUCAUUCAGAUGUGUCUAACCAGUUGUAUGCCUGUUACGCUAUUGGAAAAGAUGUACAGGCUAUGAAGGCAGUGGUGGGAGAAGAAGCUCUGACCUCUGAUGACCUUCUGUACCUGGAGUUCUUGCAGAAGUUUGAAAGAAAUUUCAUCGCCCAAGGGCCAUAUGACAACCGCACAGUAUAUGAGACACUUGACAUUGGUUGGCAGCUUCUUCGAAUUUUCCCUAAGGAAAUGCUCAAAAGGAUUCCACAAAGCACCAUUGCUGAAUUUUACCCCCGAGACUCCUCUGCCAAGCACUAAAUGGGUUUCUUUACCCAGACAUUCCUCUAAUCCAGUCUGCACAUGCUUUGUGUUCAGUUUACUUACCUUGGUUUUCCUUGAACCCCUUUAUAUGAGCAGUGCAGAAACUGUAGUUUGCAGGAAAGUCUAAGCAUAAUGAUAGUGUUCUGUGACACUAGCAAUGGAUUUUGUUCAUCUCAUGAAAACCUACCAAUUUUUUAAUGAGGCACAACUUAUUUAUUUAACAUUCAUAUAAUUUUAUUUUGUAUGUCAGGCAAUUCCAGGAGACAUCAUAAAACCUCUGCUCUGGAGCUAAAUUGCAAACCCUUUUUCAAUUCUCUUAAACUCCAAAAAAGGUCAGAAGAGAAACACCAUAGUGGUUAGUAUUUUUAGAAGUCACUAGUCUUACCUGCAAUCUUCAGUAGUUACUGUUCUGCCAGCUCCAUUGUUAAAUUAAGAAGUUUAUUUAUUUUGGUUGCUUUCUUUAUAAAGCAUACUCCAAUAUUAGCCUUUGUUUAAAAUAUCUCCUUAAUUGUUCAUGUUCUUAAUUUCUUAAGAAUUGUUCAUUAUUUUACUCUUUCUUUUAACACCCAACAUGUCAUUUUAUAAAUGUUUUUUUUACAUUUUUCCCUUUUUUUUCCCCCCCUCUUUUCACAUAAAUUUUCUGCUAUCUUGACCCAAACUCUUCCUUCAUUCCAAUGAGCUGUUAAUGUGCAAGGCUUGUUUGUUUUAACUUGUCUGUGAAUUUGCUGCAAUAGUUAGAUCUUUGUCAGUAAACGGUGUAUAAAUUUAUUGCAUAAUGUCCAAUAAGAAUGUGUAAGUUUAUUGCAGAAAAUCAAAUCUAAAUAAAUAUUGUGUAAUCUUUGAAUCUC